UGGAUGGACCACCCACUCAGUGCGUCAUCCGCGUGGUGGAAUAUGGCUCAUGCACGUGGGAUGCGGUCGAGAUAUGCGAAGCGGGGGCACCUGCGAUCCGCCCAAGUGAGCAAUCGCGUAAACGACGGACUUGCUUGCUGCCGCACUGGGUGGCCUCAGCGGCGAAGACACUUCGAUGGACGAACCUUGUUCAAGCGAAGACGUGCUCGAGAAUCAGGACAUCACGGACCAACGGCGGAACCAUAAACGUGUUGGCAGGUAAACGGUCCGUUGCCCCGUUUACUCGUUCCCGCACGAACGAGCGCGCGGGGUAGUUUGGCAAUCGAAAUGAAGUGGAUCCUCGCGCUGGCUGCUCUGGCGGUAGCACAACGCCCGGCGUCCCAUGCUCCAGGGAGCGUCGCGAAUGCAACCACCAUCCCACUCGACGCAGGGCGAGCGGCGCCUCGGCUGCGCGGCCGCCUCCCCACACCAUCUCGUGCUCUGUCCAUCGCCCCCGCUGCGACGAUCCGCAGCAACGCAACCACCAUCCCAUCCAUGCCCCCAACCACCUCGGUGGUUCCGCUGCUCCUUCCUACGACGGAACCGAUGGCCACCGCACCCGUCGAGUCUGCUCCAACGACGACAGACCCGCCAGAGAUUCAAGUGGCCGACGAAGCGGGCGACUUUCCUUGGAAGAUUUUGAGCCAGCAACUCGAAGCGUCGAUGCUGACGUAACAGCGACGACUCUUGACUGACUUUCAUUCGAAUAUGACCUGUACACUCGCU